GUACUCAUGAUUAAACGAUUAAAAGUGUGCGAGAGCUAAUCACGAUAUCAUUGUUUUGUUGUGAACAGGCCUAAAUCAGAAAAGGGAUACAAAAUAUUGGGGCGCCUUUGGAAAUCUUGAAAGAUGUCGAAGGGAAUAAUGCUAGGUGUUAAGGUCGGUAUACUGACCGUGGCGAUCCUAGCAGCCGUUCUCUGUGGCCUUCUCAUCCCCGACAAGGAGGACCCUCGACGCGACUACCUACUUGUUUUCAACGACGACGUUGUCGAGAUCAAAAAUACUGAAGAUGUGAGGAUGAUAAAGGGGCAAGCCGGAGUGAUGUUUGAUGACAGUGAUGCCCAACAAACACAAUGCACGAAGGAAGACUCGGUUGUCGAAUGCUUCGAAUGGCCUUCGGUUGCCAAAUUGGAGGUUCGCAUCGAAGAAGACGAGAAUGUUACCUGCCACGAUUUCCAAUGGAGAGCUUCAGCAAAGAACAUCAUCCUACAAGACUGCUACGAUCUCGACGACGCUCACUGGUACGGUGGAGCGGCCAUCUUCGACCAACACUGGCCAAUCAACGAAUGGAACGAACCUAUGACUAUCUUUGGCUCGGCUAAUAUGUAUCGGAAUCCGACUUGGUAUGGUUCUCUGGUAGAGCGAUACUUUGUGUCUUCGAAAGGUGUCGGUGUAAGGGUGUCCCACAACACACCUUUGUACGUGAGCAUCAACGCAAGCAAUGAUGGUAUGAUCUGCUUCAGAGGGCAGCAUCCUCUCGAUGAAGACUCUUAUACAGCAUACCCCAAUUCCAACAAUGAACCACCUAUUUUGGAUUAUAAGGUGUGCACCGCCAAAGAUAUCGUAACCGUCCAUGAGCACAUGUCAAAGCGGUUUGUGAAGAAGCCAUCCGGUAUGCCGGAUACCCGGAUGAUGAGAUCACCUGUCUGGUCUACAUGGGCUCGUUACAAAAAGUUCAUAACUAAUGAUACUGUAUUAGCUUUUGCACAUGAGAUUAUUGAUAACGGUUUCAACAACAGCCAGAUAGAGAUAGAUGAUGGUUACUCUUACAGAAACUUUGGAGAUUUUAUUUUUGAUCCCGUGAAGUUCCCUGAUCCUAAAGGAAUGACAGAUGAGUUACAUGAUCUCGGCUUCAGGGUCACUCUUUGGAUCACGCCAUUCGCCAACCAGGAUACAGAAGCCUGGAGAGUUGGCGACUACAAUGACUACUGGGUGAAAGAUUCUGAUGGAAAUACUGCUGAAGUCUUUUGGUGGAACGGACCACGAGCUGGGAUGAUCGAUGUCACAAACCCAGAAGCUGUUGAUUGGUUUGUUGGAAGGCUCGAGCAAGCAAAGGAAGAUUACGGUAUUGAUUCCUUCAAAUUCGAUGCAGGUGAAACACAGUAUCUUGGCAGUUACCACACCAAGGAGCCUCUGAUCAACCCUUGUGAGUACACAACAAAGUGGGUUCAGCUCGCAGGACAACUAGGAUCUCUGAUAGAGGUUAGGUCAUCCUUUGAGAACCAGGGACAGCCAACAUUCUUGCGUAUGAUGGACAAGGAUUCCCACUGGGGCUGGGACAAUGGUCUAAAGACACUCGUCACUACUGCCCUUACAUACAGUGUGCUUGGUUAUUCUUACGUCUUACCCGAUAUGAUUGGAGGCAAUGGGUAUCCCUUCUUUUCGAUCUUUCCUGAUCGUGAACUCUACGUCCGAUGGCUGCAGAUAAAUGCAUUCCUCCCCGCUAUGCAAUAUUCAAUUUCUCCCUGGCAGUACAACGACACUGAGAUCGUUGACAUUGCUCUUCGAUGGACAAGCUUUCACGAGAACGUCAUCACCCCGAAGAUGAUCAUACUCGCCGAGACGGAAUAUAUCAAAGAAGGGAAGCCUCUAGUUCGACCUUUGUGGUGGAUAGCGCCAACCGAUCCUGAAACCUUCACCAUCGAUUCACAGUUCCUCGUCGGAGAUGACAUGCUGGUGGCGCCUAUUGUAGAUCAAUAUGCUCGAUCACGUGAUGUGUAUCUUCCAGCGGGCCAAUGGAGGGAUAUGAUCCAUAAUACUAUGCACGAAGGGAGGGCGUGGCUUCGGGAUGUCAGCUGUGAGUUGGGUGAAAUUAUUUACUAUACCAAACAGGAUGAUUAACUGUUUUGCAAUUACAAACAAUGCACUGCUCCCGCAAAAUUGGAAAAUGAUGAUCGUUCUGACAAGACCAGGGAGAUUGAUUCCUCUUCCAUGUUAUUUGAUAACAAUAGGUAUCCCAUUUCAUGUUUUUCACUUCCAAACCAUCAGAUGGUCAAUGGCCUGUCUAAUAAUUUCAAAGCAUAUUUUCGUUCAUUCAGAAGAGAAAAAAUACUAAGGGGGGGGGGGUCAAUCGGGUAAGGAUGAGCUUUGGAAUUGAAUUUACCAGGGACAAAUUACUUUAGUUCCUAUGUGCUUAAAAAUCAUUAUUCAUCCGUCAUUCAGUAUACAAACACUAAUACACUCUUCACAUUAAAAACAAGGCAAUUGUUAUCUUUUGACUUAUUAACAUCAUGCUUUUAGAUAUGCUUUUAAGAUGGCAGUCUCCUGACCGCAUUUCAAUUGACGAUAUUGUGCUUAUUAUGUUAUUAUGUUUUCUAGUUCAUGUUUCAAUAAACAAAACAGAGAAAAUUUAUAUUCAAAUUAGAAUAAUGAUUAUGUUAUCAUUAUAUUGGAAAAUGUUUCCUUUAAUAUUGUUAUGUAACGUUGAAAAAUUAUUAUGAUUGUACAUACUUUUGUUAUUGAAAUGUAGAAAUAGAAUACUAUCAAAAUCAAAUCAAAUAUGUUAUCAUGACAUCGGUUAAUGAUUUGCAUCUUAUGUGGUAUCAUGGUUAUAUACACAAUCGAUCCCUAUCCUUUAUUCUUUCUGUAUCCGUCCUUUUAAAUGACAUCACUCACACACACACACGCAAACACCCUCACAAACACACACGCACCAUCAUCCUUCCUCGCACACCUACAUGUAGACAAAUAAAUACUAUUACAACGUAGUCAUAUAUGCAUCAUAUGCACGUGGGCCAAAAUUGGUGACAAACUGACAAUUGCAUUUGAAAUGGUCUAUGUGCAAAUGUAACUAGGACAGAAUGUCCCUUUUUAAUUAAAUGUGACCCAAUUUUUAAAAAUAAUUUAUAAAGAGAAAUCAAACAAAAAUAAUGAUCAGAUUUAAAAAAAUGUUGUAAAGUAGGAAAAUGUCUAUAAUCUAGUACUACAAAACGAUUAUAUAUGCACAGUUCGAGUAACAGCAUGUGUGUGCUCACUCUUUCUUUUGCUUAAGCGAAGUAUUAACUUUCUUAUAUUGCGUCAAAUUUUGAUUAUUUUUCUUCAGCUUUGUGUUUGUGUUUUAUCAAUUUAUUCAAAUCAAAUUGGAGAUGGCUCUUAAUUUCAAAGUGAAAAAUAUUUGUAACCUAGAUGUAUAGCCGACAUCACAUUUCGAUUAUCAUUUUUACAUCUAUUAUGUACGCAUAAACCAACCAUUUAAUUUGUAAUAAAAAACACUGAAAACCUCGUGAACAAAA